AUACUAUACCUUAUGACCACUCCGGUAGAAUCGCGUUGUAGUACGCGCUGACCGACACCAUACAUGUCUUCGCGCGUCUCCCAAGCCGCUACCAAAUCUCCCGACCCUUAUGAGUUGGAACGGUUAGCAGAAGAACUCGUUGCGCGUGAGCUCGCAGGGUCCACCUAUACUCCUCGAACUACUGCCUCGACGGAGCUGCCGAUUUAUGUCCCACUAUCGCAUGACAAUCCUCAUCUAACUGCAGAAGCGUUCAACGUCGAAGAGUUUUUACUCUCCCGAUCACACACAUCUCUACAAGACUUGCGCUCAGAGCUUAGAGACUACCUUACUUCGUUGAAGGAGGAGUUGGUGUUACUCAUCAAUAACGACUACGAGGCAUUCAUCAGUCUGAGUACAGACCUAAGAGGCGAAGGCUCGAGAUUGGAGAAGCUCAAGCUCCCGCUCGAUGACUUGCGGAAACGUAUCUCAGAGUCGCGAGCUGGCCUUCAGGCUACGCAAGAUAGCAUUCAAGAGACGCUCGAUGCUCGCACCAAAUUACGCGAAGAGAAGGCACUCUUACAUCUCUUGCUCAAGAUAUCAGAGUCUGUGACUAGACUCGAAAGUCUUCUUCUCAUCUCUCAAGUUACCACGUCGUCACUUGAAAGUCACAACAGCAAUUAUCAAUUCCAUCUUCCGGCCUCUGCAGGACAGCCUAUCGACGCCAAGAGCCAAGGCAACCGCGCCAAGCACCUUUCCAGAGUCACUGCUGAGUAUACUCAACUUCUGUAUCACAUCGAGAAGGCAAAAGAAGAAAAUUGUGCUUUUGUGGAUGAAAUACGAUGGCGCAUUGACCGCAUACAAUCAACUCUCACAUCUGAUCUAGACCAUGUUUUCUCUGCGAUCCUAACCUCCCUGACGGACAUCAAAACAGGAAAAGUUCUAGACCUCGAACGAGCUAAACUAUAUGUUGAUUUGACUGAAUGCCUAAGGAUUUACGAUUCACUACACCUUUGGAGAGUUGCUGAAGAGAUCAUGCGGAGAGACGUAAUGCAGGCCUUUAUCAAGAAAACUAUCUUUCCUGAUGCACUAGCUGUAUCACUCUCGCCAGUGUUACCCCACACUCCACUUCCCGCCGCGCUCUUUACCCGCACAGAAUCACGCGGGAGCGCGUUGUUUCCCCGUACCCCAUAUACCCCAUUCACUGCAUUCGCCACUAAACAAAAUCCUUUUGAAGCUUCACAUGUUUCUGGACCGGUGCACUUGCUUGACGAAUCCAAUGAUGCGCUUGCAAGGUUGUACAAUCAGAUUCUUCGCUUUAUUGAGCGAGAUUUUGGACGCAUCAUGGAGAUUACCGAACGAGUUUCCCUCAAGGCGGGUUCAACUAAGUCGCAAUCAGGUAUAUCAUUGGGAAACUACGACCUCGGAGACGCACAACAGGUUUCUGCGGAUGGCUUCGAGAUUAUGACCAAUGUAGUGUGGGUAGAAAUUGGUAGGGCAAUAAUGGACGAACUUGGUACUGUUGUAUUUGCGCCCGGAAACCCAAACGAGUUCCGCAAGCACCACUCUACAACGCAGGCCUUCAUCCGUUCUCUCGAGUUUUUGGCUCCUUCCACGCAUUCUGUGCAAAACAUGCGUUCUCAUCCAGUUUUCACUGCAUUUCAACGACGUUGGCAGCUCGAUGUAUAUUUCCAGCUGCGGUGGAAAGAAGUCAUCCCUAAGCUGGAAGAAACGUUGUCGUCGAGAAUCUUGGAUCCUGAAGCACCAAACUUUACUCCAGGGCGCAAUGUGUUUGUAACGGCACAGGCUGCCGACGUUUUCACUGCAAUUGCUUCGUGCUGGAGUGCAGAAGUGUACAUUCCCGACCUUGCGCAUCGCUUCUGGAAAUUCACUCUUCAGCUCCUCAGUCGAUAUCGGGAAUGGUUGGAAAGCUCAUUGCCACCUGCAGGAGGGUCUCCAGUAAAACCUGCUGCCAACAUUACGAAUGAGAAGACCUCAGCAAUUGUCAACUCUCCAAGAUCUUCAACUCCUGGGCUCACGCCAGAAGUGACUAUUGAAAGUACGGCUGCUGACGAGAUCUUACUAAGGCAGUUUGCAACGGCUCUCGUUGAUAUUCGGGCGAUGACGAGCCAAGUCUUGCAAUUGUGGAGAGAAGAGAUUAGCAUGAUGCUUCCCGACAUGUCGAUAGAAGAUGAUACAACAGAGGAGGUGCUAGAAGUCGCUCUGAAAACUCAACUGGAGCAGUUCAAUGCCCUUUCUACAUCAUUGUGCAGCCAGGCCACAGCCAUAUUAUCCAGGCGGUGCUGCGAUGCCUUGUUGCCAGUUCGAUCUAUUCCUUCGCAGUUUAGAGCAAUGUCCAACAAACGACUACCCUCCGAACCAAGUUACUUUGCACCUACCAUCCUCCGCCCGGUAAGGAUCUUCUUUGGAAUCGGCACUGGUGGUGGUCCUGGGGAACGACUCAAGGAGGAAUUGUUGAGGGAUGUCUCAACCGAUGUAGUCGAAAGUGUUUGCCAACGGUACAUACAGUACUUGACUGCGAUGAAGAAGACCGAGGAAUCUCUACGACGGCUGAAGAAGGGGAAAAAGUCGACAUUAUCUCUCUUCGGAUCUGCCACUGCUGGAAAAGAUGACGGAAAAGACGAAGAACGCAUCCGUGCGCAGAUGAUACUAGACGUCGAAGCGUUCAAGACAGAAGGAGAAGCCCUAGGGGUCGACAUGCAGUCUAUGAACAGUUUUAUAGUUCUGGAUCAGAUGGUUCGAGCUGAAUUGGUUGACGGCGAUCUCUGAUACUUGCCCAUAAUUUAUACCCUUCGCUGGGAGCA